CCGAUGUGGGGACUCAAUCCCGGAACGCCGGGAUCACGCCCUGAGCCGAAGGCAGACGCUUAACGACUGUGCUACCCAGGCGCCCCGAGACUUAAUAGUUUCUGAGUUGAAUGAAUAAACAACUCAUGUUAGCCCUGUAGACAGGAGGUCAAAGAUACCUUAUUGGGCAACUGCAGACUUAAAUCAGGAUCCUGAUGAAAAAAGAUCUUUGUGUAUGUGGAAUCCAGGAAGACUGCUUCUAUGCUAGGGUCCUUUCUCAGGACCUUCCUAAUCUCUCAGUAUUCAGAUUUUUACCCCUUCUAUCACCACCUUACCCCAUAAACCUGGCUGGGAUGUUUCUGUUUUUGAGAGGGGUAGUUAUUCCAGGCUUUGGGUGAGGAGGCGGCCUUCCUGCCUCAUCCUUGCCUCACUCCCCUCGGGAGGAGGUAGUCUUCUGAAACACUCCAGACACAAGAAGCUAUUUGACCUUCAACUCCCCACCUGCCCUCCAACCCCCCACACUUAUCUGGUCUGGGAGCAGGAAAAUAGCUGUAACUAAGUACAACAUUCCAUCUCACUGGCAGGGCCCUGCAAACUCCCAGAAGAUCCCAGGGAGGGAUGGGCAACUGUCCCUCUGCCUCGGGCCUGGUCAUUCCUCCGGCUGCUCCUUCACAACCACCAGAGCUUUUACUCUCUGCUUCCUCCAUGCAGGCUCCUCAGGAGCAAGGCUCCAGAAUUAGAGAGUUAAUACCUAUACCCUCAAUCCUGGUCUAAGCCAGACCAUUCCCAGAAAGCGUUUCUAGGCAACCACCAGGGGGACAGAGGCUAGGAAAAUGCAACCAGUCCCGUCUGACUCUAAUUCUCAUGGGAGCCAAAUGCUCACUGGUACAGAAAUGAUUACCUAUUAUCAUAAGGCCUUACUCUGGGGAAGAAUCUGGUGCAGCUGGACUCCUGUCUCCUGUUGCAGCACAGGCUGCAGACUUCUUCCAUCUCUGUGCUGACAUUCACGCUGCACACCUGGGGCUCUCCCUUCACAUUAUACAGUCCCUGCAGCCUAAUAAAGACAGGAGGUGGACUGUGGAUAUAGUCAUCAGAGGAGCCCCUUUUGCCCCUCGAAGCGCCGAGUUUCUCCUAUGUCUGCUGACCUCUGGUGGCGGUAGUUUGAACUGUACCCUCCCUUUCUAGUUAGUGGCCUGCCGGCCGGUAAUGGUACAUCUUUUCUCAACAAUCAAAAUUCAAAUAUUCAAAUACUGUAUGAAAUGCAAAUAUUUUUUAUUGCUGAAUUUUUAAAUUUGUUUUCAGGCAUCACAGAAUAAUGUAAAGAACAGGUAAGUCUGGAAUCAGACUUACCUAGGUUCAAAUACUAGCUCUGCUAUUUCUGAGCAGAGUGACCUUGGGCAAGUUACAUAAGGUCAGCUUUCUUACCUGUGCAGUGAAAAUAAUAAUAAAUCGCUCAAUGGGGAAAUGAGAUGAGCUGAUUGUAAAAUGCUUAGCUCUGGCUGUGUCCUAGCCCAUAGGUGCUCAAUAAAAGUUAGUUUUGGGUUUUUUUUAACCUUCUCAGUAAUAGUGAUUUUGUUCAGUGUUAUGACUCAAUAUGAUUUUUUAAAUUUUGGUAACAUAAAAUUUACCAUUAUACCCAUUUUCAAUGUGACUUUUUUAAACUCUGAGAAAUUUUAUAUAACUCUUUUCUGAUUCUGGAGUUUGGAAACUGAGGUCAACUUUAGUAUGGUCAGUGAAGCCUGUCUUUGCCCAGAGAGCUGCAGAUCGGAGCCCUGAAAAGAAGGGAUCUUGGGCACAGCUGAAUGGCUCUGUGACUUCACUCUGGUUUCCAGCCUCGUGAGGGCUGACAGGAUCCAGCACUCUCUUCAGGGUCCGCAAAGGGCAGAGGCCUGGAGUUAGGCAUCACAGGGUUCUCAGCUGGGCCUCUAAGACCCCCUCCUCCCACUCUGCUGAGAGAAGAGGAGGCGGCGGCAGAGAAGAGGAUAUGAGACCGGUUCUCUGCUCCUCCCUCUCCUUGCUUUUCCCCCACUCCCAUCCUCUCCCCCACAGCAGCCGUCUCCCCCACAGAGACUGGGAAGAGGGAGGGGGCGGGGUUGGGGAGAGAGGGAUCAGAAGCCCCACAGCGCCCUGUAUCGGAAGGAAGCUCUGGCCAGGGCAGCUGUGCUCGGCCCCUGCAGCAUGAUGCUGGGCACUCUGGGCCUUUGGGUAUUACUUCCCACAGCUGUGCGAGGUAAGCGUCUACAGGGAGGGGCAGGGCCUUUUCACUCGCGCACUGAGGGAAGGGGGGACUUGAAGCAGCAGUCACCCCUCUGGAAGAGUGAAUGGGGUGGGUGAGUGAGGGCAAAAAGUAGAGCCAUGCGUCCCCAUGGUGAGGUCAGGUUCCAGACCUCUGCUGACCCUGUUUCCUCCUAUGGCUUUACCACGCUGGCCCUGGGAUAUGAAACAUGUUUUGUCUCUCCUUUUGGCUGCUGCUUUUUUCCCUGCAUUCACUCCCAUCUUGAACCCUCCCCUCUCCCCACCCUGGGCCACAGCACCCCCAAGCAGGCGGACCUGUGUGUUCUUUGAGGCCCCUGGAGUGCGGGGAAGCACAAAGACACUGGGGAAGCUGCUAGAUGCAGGACCAGGGCCCCCCAGGGUUAUCCGCUGCCUCUACAGCCGCUGCUGUUUUGGGAUCUGGAACCUGACCCAAGACCAGGCACAGGUGGAGAUGCAAGGUGAAUGGCAAAGUAUAUAGCAGGUGGUAGCUAGGGUGGGAGACAGGUACCUCCUGGGGUGGGGGUGACAGCCGCGGGAGAGGAGGAGAAAUGGAAUGUGUGGAGGGAAAGAAAAGCCCAUAUGAGAUGGAGGGGAUGCCUCUGAUAGAGAAGGGGGUUAUCCUCUCUGUUCCUAGACUCUAUUAUGCUCGCUCGCCCCCCCCUUCUCCCUUUCUCUCCUCUUGUAAUCCCACCCCAUCAGGAUGCCGAGACAGUGAUGAGCCAGACUGUGAGUCCCCCCACUGUGACCUGAGCCCCCGAGCCCACCCCAGCCCCAGGUCCACUCUCUUCACCUGCUCCUGUGGCACUGACUUCUGCAAUGCCAAUUACAGCCAUCUGCCUCCUCCAGGGAGCCCUGGGACUCCUGGCUCCCAGGGUCCCCAAGCCGUCCCAGGCGAGUCCAUCCAGAUGGCACUGGUGCUGCUGGGGCUGUUCCUCCUGCUGGGCGGCAUCAUCUCGGGUCAUCUGGGAAGGAGGUCACACAGUGGUGUGGGCUGGGCAGCUGCAAGGUGAACUGGUAGCCAUCAAGGCCUUCUCCCGGAGGGCUGUGGCCCAGUUCCAAGCCGAGAGGGCACUGUACGAACUGCCAGGCCUACAGCACGACCACAUUGUCCGCUUUAUCACCGCCAGCAGAGGGGCCCCUGGCCCCCUGCCCUGUGGGCCCCUGCUGGUCCUGGAACUGCACCCGAAGGGCUCCCUGUGCCACUACUUGACCCAGCACACCAGUGACUGGGGAAGUUCCAUGCGGAUGGCACUGUCUCUGGCGCAGGGCCUGGCAUUUCUCCAUGAGGAGCGCUGGCAGGAUGGCCAGUAUAAACCAGGUAUCGCCCACCGAGAUCUGAGCAGCCAGAAUGUGCUCAUUCGGGAGGACGGGUCGUGUGCCAUUGGAGACCUGGGCCUUGCCUUGGUGCUCCCUGGCCUCGCCCAGCCUCCCACCUGGGCCCCUACUCAACCCCGAGGCCCCGCUGCCAUCAUGGAGGCUGGCACCCAGAGGUACAUGGCGCCGGAGCUCUUGGACAAGACUCUGGACCUACAGGACUGGGGCACGGCCCUCCGGCAAGCCGACGUGUACUCGCUUGCUCUGCUCCUAUGGGAGAUCCUGAGCCGCUGCCCGGAUCUGUGGCCUGACAGCCGACCACCGCCCUUCCAACUGGCCUAUGAGGCAGAACUGGGCAGCACUCCCACCCCCUGUGAGCUGUGGACCUUGGCCGUAGAGGAGAGAAGGCGCCCCCACAUCCCACCCACCUGGCACUGCUUCACCACAGUAAGAGGCCACCUGCUAGUGGGCUGGGGACCUGGAGGGGGUGGACACGGUGUCAAGGACCUGUCUACCGGGACCAGCCCAUCUGCUCCUAUCUCCUCUCAUCUGCCAGCACUCCUGUCUCAUGUUCAGCCGGAGCUGGGCAAAAUUGCUCCGUACCUCAGCUCUUCCCCUUCCACCGACCCUGGAGGCCUGAGAGAGCUGCUGGAGGACUGCUGGGACGCAGACCCAGAGGCGCGGCUGACAGCGGAGUGUGCACAGCAGCGCCUGGCCGCCCUGGCCCGUCCUCAGGACGCCCGCCCCUCCCCAGACAGCUGUGCCCACGGCUCCCCACCUCUCUGCCCAGAAGACUGCCUCUCGGCUCCUCCCCACCGCCCCCCGCCCUGGUAGGCCUCAGCUGAAUGUCUGCUUCCACAGCGUUCCGCGGGCCCUCGUUCCAGGAACCCUCGUGUCCCGUGUCUCCCCUGUGGACGUGCAGCUUCUGUGUAAUCUGUGAACCUGCAAACAUAAAUCUGGUGAUCGGAUGCCCGCUGCUCUGCCUCUCCGCUGCCUUUCCUACUUGCCGAAUGCCUGGAUCCUUCUGCGGGCCUCCCGUGCAGCGCAGUCCUGACCAGGGACUAAGGGCUGGGUGUGCAUAGGAGAGAGAGAAAGGCCCCUUUACCACCGUGUCCUUGGGCCUUCCCCCGCUGCGUGUGAUCCUGGGCUCCUCCUGUCUCUCUCCUUUUCCUUCUCUACCACGCCUUCUUUUGGUCGGAUCACACGGCAGUCCUUGGGGAAAGAGGAAACCACUGUUCCGCGGGAGCUCAGAGACGCACAUCUCUCCUUGGGGGGGCCUGCCCAGCGUCCUGAGGCUUGAGUGGGAAGGCACAGGAAGCUUGGGUUUUCCCAGAGCAGCUUUCCAGGAGUGGCGGGGGUAGCAGGUGUGCCGCGUGGUGCGGGAGGAAGCCGCAAGGAACCUGGUAGCAAAAGCAUAGGGCGUGUGGAGGAGAGAGAAGGGAGGUUCUGUGGAGAAUUGUAGGCAAGGCCUUGUGAGCCCUACGGAGAAGUUCUUCCUUCAUUUCUUUUCGUGUCUCCUCUACUGGCUUUUCUUUGCCACCCCGGGGCCCUUUCAUACUGAGCGCACCACAGGGACGUGGUUCAUAGCCCCAGUUCAGUUUUUCUAUUUGUUAAGUGUUGUUUGCUUGUUUGUUUGUUCUUAAGUGAUCUCUAUACCCAAUGUGGGGCUUGAACUCCUGACCUCAAGAUCGAGUCCCUUGCUCUUCCGACUGAGCCAGCCAGGUGCGCCCCCCGCCCCCAGUUUAGUUUCUAACUGAGCGCUCUUGGGGAAGUUACAUGCUCUUUCUAGGCCUCAGGUUUCUCGUUUGCUAAAUCAGGGGGCUGAGGCCUUCUGGUCUAACUCCAGUAGGGCCACGGGAAGGCUUUGACUUCACUACAACAGGAAUGAUUUCUGGACAGUGACCAACGAGCCCUGUGUCUUUGAACGAGUUACUUAACCCUAGGAAUCUGUUUUAUCAUGUAUAAAAUAUGGGUAAAAAUACCCACCCUGCUUGCAGAGUUGAUUCAGGGUAAACAAGAAAUGGUGACAGGUCUUGUGCAGCACCUGGCCUCAGUGGACACUCCGUAAAUGGGAACAGUUGUGACUGAAUGUUGAGAUGGUCUCUUGUCCCUUUCCAUGUUGCUUGUUCCAGCAUUAGCCUCUGCAGGGCCUGUCCCCUCUCGAGCCCUGAGACUUCACUUUCCUUUGGAACUCUAAUUCUCUACAAGACAUCAUCAUGCGAACAGGCAGCCACCAUCUGAAACUAAACGCAUCGAAAUCCAAGCUCCCGCCUCCCCCUCACCAACAGGGCUGCCUUCCCCUCUUCCCUGGCUCUCAAGAGCACCAAGUCUCCCCCCCACCCCGUAAUCUCUGCACCCAAUGUGGGGCUCAAACCUGAGAUCAAGAGUCACAUGCUCUUCCGACUGAGCCAGCCAGGUGCCCUGCCCUAAGUUUCUCUUGGUCCUACAGGAUCCCAAAAAGGAAGGUGUUCUGUCUGCUCUGUGACCUCAACUCGUCCCACCUACCCAUAUCCAGUCAGUUCUCCAGUCCCACUGAGGUUGCAUGGGUAGGGCCCACUCCGGGCACCAUCUGUCUUUUCCUCCUUCUAGGCUGGCAGGCCCCAACUAUUGUAAUUGCCUCUUGGCCACCUAUUUUCCCCUCAGUCUUGGUUAAACACCAUGCUCUGAAUAAUCUUUUUUUUUUUUUUUUUUUUAAGAUUUAUUUGUUUGAGAGAGAGAUAGACUAUGAGCCGGGGAGCAGAGGGAG